CCUCGGUGAGACCCCGUAUCUAUCAAAUCUUGUCUGUUCUAAUUUUUUUCCAUUGUUCCUUCUAUUGCUCCACCCGCUCCCGAGGUGGUACCUUCGUUGAACCUUCUUACCUGACGGAAUUUAGUCUCCCGGAUAAUGAACUUCCAAGACCGUAAUGUCAAUCAUCAUUAGUGCAUUCCGCCCACAUGAUCUUGUCCCUAUCAUGCUUGCAAAAUUGAUCUGGGCCUUCUACAGAAUAUCUCUUGAUGCCGGAGUCAUACGCAGCCUAAGUUAACUCUUUCAUACCGGAAUUACGCUCUGGGAAGUAAUGAUUUAGUAACCGAUCUACUCAUUCAUUAAGGGCUCACCAACUACAAUAGCUGGGAAGUAUUUACUGUUAGCCAAACCUUCCUUGCACGAUGCAGUAUCCAAAUCCGUACUCCCACAACGGUCAUCAGACACAACAGCCACAUGUCUCUGCCCACCAUCCUCGACAAUCUUCUUCCAGCUCGAACAGUAACACCUCCGCAUAUCCCCAACAAGCACAAGUAUUAUCGGGCUACCCACUUGACAGUACUUUGUCCGAUGGCAUAAUAGGAAAUCACCACACUGGUAAUCCAUUGCAACCCCCUCCUUUCUCCAACCAUCCGCAGCACGGGACGUCAUCUGCCAUGGACACUCGCAGGUCUUAUUAUGCUCCUCCUUCUGCUCCUCCUCCUGCACCGGCGAACCAGCCUAAUGCUUACUAUGCCUCGCAUCAUCAGCCGUCUGCGCCAAGUCCUCAAUAUGCGGUACACUCUCAUCCACAUAUCGAUCCUCAGACUCUCCAUGCUCAUUCAGCAUCACAACACUUCAUCCCGACACCAUCGCAGACGUACCAAGUAUAUUCCAACACUGUGCCAUCGAACCCACGGUCCCGUUCCACCGUCGAACCGUACUAUCAUAUGUCGCCCAAUCCCCAACACACCACCCAAGGCAGCUCACCCCCUGCUGCGCCACGUCCUACGCACACAUCCCCCUCCGCCAACCCGGCACUUAUUGGAGACCGGUUUCCCUGCGAGCUCUGUGACAGGUCGUUUACUCGCUCGCACGAUAGAAGGAGACAUUAUGAGACCGUCCAUGCUGCAACCCCCGUCCUACAUCGAUGUCGUUACUGUGGGAAGGAUUUCAGUCGCGCGGACUCACUUAAACGCCACAUCGAUAAUGGCUGCGACGAGAUGUCGCACAAAUAGAUUUGGAAAUGACUUUUUGUUUAUCUUCCAACCCAACCUUUAACCAUCCAAGCAUUGUCCUAAUUAUUCAUUUGAGCAUUACCUCCGCUACGUUAACCCAUCAUGUCAUAUAAUUCUCCGCAGUCCGUCCGUCCAAUGCUUGGAGCGUGCUUGUACUUAUGUGUAUUUUUAACUACUGCACUAGACUCGGAAGGAUCCUCCAGUAGCUCUGCGUUUAACUGGUACACAGUUGCUAAAUACGACGCGAUGCAUAGUGUAAUCCCUCACACACAAACACUCUCAAAUCGCGGAUUCCCCA